AUGAAUAAUUUAUUAUCAUCAUGUACUCAAUUUUUCUUGGUUUCCUUAGAUGUUAUUGUUAUUUUUUGUCGUACUUAUGAUGAACAUUUAAUUCAUCUUGAGAAAGUUUUACAUGUUUUACAAUUACGUUAUUUGAUAGCCACUCCAACAAAAUGUGAAAUUGCUGAACAAACAAUUGAAUAUUUAGGACAUGAAAUAACUUCAACAACAUUUACUCUAUUACCAGAUAAAAUGAAAUCUAUAUUUUUAUCAUCAGAACCUACAACAUUAGCACAAACGAGCUGCUUCAUAGCAUCUAUUCACGCCUUAACUAAUCUUUCUAAAUUACCUUGGCUUAAAUUUAAAUGGAAACCUGAACAAUCAAAAUCUUUUCAUGAUUUAAAACAUUUAUUGACAUCAUCUUCAUUUUUGUCAAAUUUUUCUAAUGAUACACAACCUGUAUUAUUAUCUAUUGAUGCAUCUAAGGUGGUAUUAGAUGGUGUUCUUAAUCAAGAAGUGAAUAAUGUUAAGAGAAUAUUGUAUUAA